GCCAUGUCAGUAGGCCAGAAAGCAAAACGAGCGCACAUUGCUGGAGUGUUGGAAUCGGGACUGCCAGAACCAUGCUCAAAAUCAGCGCAAAAGACAAAGUGCUGUAUCGCGACCGAUUGCGCCCAGACGCCAAGAGACGGUACUUUGAAAAAAUUGCGUGCAUCGGUAAUGUGGACCCGUAUGAAAUAAGGAAGUGGAGUGGAAACCCAGACGACCUACCGCCGUUGUCCUAUCCCGAUAUCUUCGCAUACCUUGUCUGUGGAGUCAGCGCAUACACAGCGAACCAGUUUAAGAAUUAUAAAUCCCUGGAGGCCUACAUCCAAUUCACAAACGGCUGGGUGCAAGAUUUGUCCAUCUUUAAGCCUCCACGCUGCGAGUACGUUGUCGUUAAGACAAAGGUACUGGACUCACAACAACUGAAUGAAACUGCAUUACAGCCAUGGGUCAUUGUGAGCACCAAUGGGAGGGUUGAGGCUGCUCACUGCACAUGCAUGGCCGGAGUUGCAGAGGCCUGCACCCAUGUCGCUGCUCUUUUGUUUAAAGUCGAGGCUACAGUGUGUAUCAGAGGCACCAGAACUGUAACAGACGAGUCUGCAUAUUGGGUAAUCCCCGGAAAUAUGACCGAGAUACAGCCCGAGGUUGCACAGAACAUUGACUUCUCCUCAACAGCUGCCCAAAAACGUGGCCUUGAUGAAAUCAUAAACACACCCUCUGCAUCGAGAGGCAAAAGGAGGCGAUCGCAAAAAAGGCGGAUUCCUAUUGCAACGCUGGAGGAUUUGUCACCAUUACUGGAUACACUGCAGGAACACAGCAAAGCAGUGAGUUUGUGUGGAAUGGAAAAGUAUUACACCAACUACACUACGCAGUCACCCACAUUACCCCAAUCCCUGGCGUGUUUACACAACAAAGACGCUGAGUCCCUUGGCCUUCCUGAUCUUCAGGUGCACUGUCUAAAGUUUCUUAAAUAGCCUGUAACGUUUCAUUUUGUGGUUCAAGAUUGAUGCCAGCUGUGUGUUGCCAUGUAAAUAGUUUGCAUUUCAUUUUUUUGUACUUGCUAAGUACAUGUGAACAGAUCAAGAAUAAAA